AUGUUCGUCAACGAACGCACGAAGGAAAACAAAAAUGUCAAAAUCGAAUCGGAGGAACAUACAACAGUUGCAAAGGAAAAGUCUCCAUUUGUAUCAGUAUUUACAAUUGAAAGCAUUUUAGGGCUUAACUCGCAAAUUCCAAAACAAUCAUUUAAUGAUAAAAUUUUAUCGACAAUUGAAACUCAACCAUCAAAUAAUAGGCCUGAGAACAUACAAAAUAGUCCAACAAAUUAUUUUCACUAUUCUGGAAUAAACACCCUCCAUAAUUCAAGUUCGAUAGAAAUGCCUUUGCUCUCUUCUAACAUAUUAGGAAUUACAUAUCCUUCUUCCUGUCAUGGAUAUAUGCAGCAUGACCUGUUUUCUGCACAACUUCAAUCACCUGUUGGACUAGUCACAUGUGAUGGCGGUUUUCGUUCACGAUAUCCUUUUUUAAAUUCGGAUACUCACAUAAAACGAAAAAGGAGACAUCGUACAAUUUUUACUGAAGAACAGCUGGAACAACUAGAAGCUACUUUCGAUAAAACACAUUAUCCUGAUGUACUACUGCGAGAGAAAUUGGCCGUGAAAGUUGAUUUAAAAGAAGAGAGGGUAGAGGUGUGGUUCAAAAAUCGACGCGCGAAAUGGCGAAAGCAGAAACGGGAAGAACAAGAACAAUUUAGUACUUUUGAAAUAAAUAAUAAAAUAAGGAAAUUUAUUAACAUGCCAGUAAACACACAAGAAAAAUUCCGACAGAUUCAAUCUGAAAUAUUUUCAAAAGAAAAAAAUGCUUGCAGAUUUGAAGAUGUAAGUAUUAGCGAUGAUGCUUCUGACGUCGAGGUAGUAUGA